GUUUUUGCCGCAGGAUUUCCAGUGUGCGCGGUGGCGUGGAUGGUUUUCGAUGGUGGUGGGUGAACAGCUGUAGGAGGAGCUUUGACAGAUAAGGAUGGCAUUAGGUAAGGCCAUUAGUGUCCUGUGGAUUAUCGUAAUCCAGCCUCUCCACCACUGCUGGUUUGGCUGCUCAGUCUACGUUCGGUCUGGUCUGGCUUGGAGCAGGUUGAAGAUGGCUUUCCGCGCUCAGCGUCCGCUGCUGGUCCUGCUUCUUCUGGGAGCCGAUGUGUUCAUCAGCAUCCAUGCUCAAGAGGUCGGCGUGACCGAAUCAUGGGCCAGCAAAUCCUGCAAAUGUGAUUGUGAAGGAGUUGAAUCCCCCACAGAGUUCACCCCCACCGGAUCGGGCUCUUCUAUGGUGCAGGGCUGCAUCCCAGAGUGUCCAUACCACAGGCCGCUUGGCUUCGAGGCCGGAUCAGUGAAUCCGGACCAGAUCACCUGCUCCAACCAGGACCAGUACGCAGGCUGGUUCUCCUCCUGGGUCCCAAGCAAGGCGCGGCUCAACAGCCAGGGCUUCGGAUGCGCCUGGCUCUCCAAGUUCCAGGACAACAACCAGUGGCUGCAGAUCGACCUGAGGGAGGUGAUGGUGGUGUCCGGCAUCCUGACACAGGGCCGCUGCGACGCCGAGGAGUGGGUCACCAAGUACAGCGUGCAGUACCGCACGGACGAGAACCUCAACUGGAUCUACUACAAGGACCAGACCGGAAACAACAGGGUGUUUUACGGGAACUCUGACCGCUCCUCGUCGGUGCAGAACCUCCUGCGGCCGCCCAUCAUAGCGCGAUUCAUCCGCAUCCUCCCUCUGGGGUGGCACACCCGCAUCGCCCUGCGCAUGGAGCUGCUGCUCUGCAUGAACAGAUGCGCCUGAAACCUCCUCUCUUCACUGGCCUUGUCCCAAAGCUGCAUCAUCCUUAACUCGGUGUG